AUGGGGAAGUAUGAGUGGUACACUUAUGGUGGAUGGGGUGCUCAUGGUGGUGGUGCCUUCUCAGGAAAGGACCCAACUAAGGUUGACAGGAGUGGAGCUUACAUUGUGAGGCAGGCUGCUAAGAGCAUUGUUGCAAGUGGACUUGCCAGGAGGUGCAUUGUGCAAGUCUCCUAUGCCAUUGGUGUGCCUGAGCCUUUGUCUGUCUUUGUUGAUUCAUAUGGUACUGGCAUAAUCCCUGACAAGGAGAUCCUUAAUAUUGUGAAGGAGAACUUUGAUUUCAGGCCCGGUAUGAUCUCUAUCAACCUCGAUCUCAAGAGGGGUGGCAACAACAGGUUCUUGAAGACAGCUGCUUAUGGACAUUUUGGCAGAGAUGACCCUGAUUUCACAUGGGAAGUGGGGAAGCCCCUCAAGUGGGAGAAUUAAGGCCUGAGUGAUUCC